AUGAAAGGUUCUGUAUUUAUUGCGUCCCUGGCGGCGCUGCCAGCCUUCGUUUCUGCGCACCCAAAUCCAGUCCCAGGAGUGCCGACACUCUGGGGUCGGAGGGCAGUGAAGAAUGUCGAUUCUCGAGAAGGAUUCAAACUUCAUCCGCAGAGCUCGGAAAAGAAUGCUAUCGACAAACGUGCGGCCAAUACAUACGCCGGGUCUGCACAGAGCGAGAAGCGUCAAUCUGGAAACACCGACGGCCAAUGCGGUGGGGAAUUCGGCGCGUGUGCAGAUGGGUACUGUUGCUCUGGAGCUGGAUGGUGCGGAAACACUGAAGAGUACUGCGCCGCUCCUGGCUGCCAAUUCAAUUGGGGCUCUGGCUGCGAUACUCUUGUUGUUCCUGGUGGACCUAAGACGUCCGAUGUUGAACGUACCCACGUCGGUUCUAUCCCAUACGGCGGUGAAGGCAUUUACGCAUGCACGGUCCCGGGAACCUUUGCGCUCACCUUCGACGACGGGCCAUAUCACUUUACCGGGGAUGUCCUCGAUAUCCUUGAUCGGUACAACGUGAAGGCUACUUUCUUCAUGACCGGCAACAGCAUCUCGAAAGGCCCGAUCGAUCAAGCAGGCCUCCCAUGGGCUUCGAUAAUCCAGCGCAUGCAUAGUUCUGGCCACCAAAUCGCUUCUCACACCUGGGGCCAUCAAGCUCUCGGAUCUGGCGCCGCCGCUCAAGGCCAGGACCCGCUCACCACCGAGCAGCGGCUGGCUCAGAUGUACAACAAUGAAAUCGCCUUCAACAACAUCCUCGGCUUCUUCCCCACCUACAUGCGACCUCCCUACUCCGACUGCGACGACGCCUCCGGCUGCGCCGCCACCAUGAGUGAUCUCGGUUACCACGUUAUCUACUUCGAUUUCGACACCGAGGGCUAUCUCCACACCACUCCGGAGACCAUCGGAGAAUCCAAGGCGAUCUUCGACCAGCAACUGCCGCAGAGGAGCCCGGCGGAUGGAGCCUGGUUGAACAUCGAACACGAUAUCCACGAGCAGGUCGCGCAUACCCUCACCGAGCACAUCAUCAAGGGGGCGGUGGAGGCUGGCUGGAAACUUGUGACCGUUGGAGAAUGUCUUGGUGACCCUCAGGAGAACUGGUACCGGACGCUCGGUGCUGGCAGCACCUAA